UAACGCGGGAUUGUGGGAGUUGUUCAGUGGCAAAUUGUCCGCCAUGAUGAAAAAAUCGAAAAAUUCAGAAAUAUUACAAAAUUUGAACGCUAACUGUGUAUUCAUUACUGGAUAAGUAUAUGUUUAAUGAAUCAAAUACAAAUGUGGUCCCAUUAAGGUAUUAUUUAAGACUAUUUAGGUUCGUACGGAACCUCGUGUUUUUCAUAUUUUUGAAAAAUACUAGCGGGUGACCGUCUCAUUAGCAUAAAUUCAGGUCAGCCAAGAUGAGCAAAGUAACUUUUCGGGCUAGGGCGCUGGAUGCUGCCCGCCCUAUGCCCGUAUAUAAAGCAGAGGACAUACCGGACCUUCCAGACUUUGCAACCAUCAACAGAUCUGUUCCACAAAUGCCGACGGGGAUGGAAAAGGAAGAAGAAACGGAGCACCAUCUUCAGCGAGCUCUCUCAGCCCAGCAGGUGUAUGGUACUGCAGAAUCUUUAACUAUUCCUAUCCCUGAUGUUGAUGAUACAUCUGAACGUUAUGAUGGCCUUUACCCCAGUGACUUCAAGCAACCAAAGCAGUUCAUUCAUUUACAGGCAUUUGGUAUGGACCAAGAAAUUCCUGAUUAUGAUAUGGACUCUGAAGAUGAAGCCUGGUUGAGUGAACAGGCAAAGAAAAUGGAGAUCACCCCUUUAAAGUUUGAAGAAAUGCUUGACAGACUGGAAAAGGGAAGUGGUCAACAGGUUGUCACUAUACGAGAGGCGAAACUACUGCUGAAGGAGGAUGAUGAUCUCAUUAUAGCUGUCUAUGACUACUGGCUUAACAAAAGACUCAGAACUCAACAUCCGUUGAUUUUGAGCGUUAAGACAGAGAAAAGAGAUGGAUCUACAACAAAUAAUCCUUAUGUUGCUUUCCGACGACGUACAGAGAAAAUGCAGACAAGAAAGAAUCGCAAGAAUGAUGAAACAUCAUACGAGAAGAUGUUGAAGCUGCGUAGAGAUCUCAGUCGGGCAGUGACUUUAUUGGAAUUUGUGAAGCGCAGAGAAAAAAUGAAGAAAGAAAUGCUACAGUUGGCUAUCGAAGUUGCAGAGAAAAGGUACCACUUGGAAGACUAUGAUGGAAAGAUGCUUUCAGAUGCUGAAUCUAUCAGGCACAAGUUACCUCCCUUUGUUUCUGCAUACACUUGGAAGGAUUGGGGCACUGGUGAAGAAGUAUCUGUUAGUAAAAAGAAACGAGAAUAUAGAAAGCGCAAACAUAAAAGUUCUACAUCACAACAGCCAAACCAAAACACAAAUGCUCAACCUGUAUAUAAUAACACAGAACACUUGGGGAUGCUGCAAUCUGAUCUAUACAGCUCUGAUGAAGAUGUCCUUUCACCAAUGUCUCCAUCAGAUCAUGAAGAUGAGAAUGAUCCUGAUGGUAUGUUUGCCUUCAAGAGAAAAAAGAAUUGCUCCUAUUAUGCUCCAAUUUUAGACCGCCUUGGUAAUUGGCCUUGGUGUAGUCCAGAUGAUGGUGGUCUUGGAGACAAAAAAUACCGGUAUUCAUUAACCUCACUUUCACAACCUCAGAGAUGUGUAGGGUUUGCACGGCGGCGAGUUGGGAGAGGAGGAAGAAUAUUAUUAGACAGAGGUUUUUCUCCGUGGGAUGAUGAAUUACAUCAAGUGGAUUUGUCGGGAUCGGGUUCAUAUUCAGGAAUUUUAGGAGACUAUGUCACUUAUAUACGAGAUAAAAAAGUAUCACAUUUUCGUCCCCAUUCACCACCUCCAGAUGCCGACACCAGUCAUCUUCUGGGCCCUCCAUCUUUCACGUCCUCCCAGGACAGCGAGUUUAACAUGGAUCAUUUCACAUCACACCAAGAACAACUUCUCCAGAUGCAGAGAGACCAGCAAGAACAACUUCUGCGCCACCAAACCUGUGAUCUCGACACUUCAUACCCAACAUUAGAACAUUCCUUCUCCUCUCAGCCCACAUCAAGGUUCACACUUGACACAGCUAGUGCUAAGUUCGCUGUAUCAGCAGUGAUAAACUCAACUCAAGUGCAACAGCAACAAAGUGCAACUUCCACAGCUACUAUAAAUGGUGCUAGCUCAAUAGCCACUUCAACAGUCAAUUUAUUGAAUGGACCAAUAAAUGCUAUCACUGAAAAUAAAUCCCACGGGCUUUCAACAUCACCAGCUGCAAACAUCCUGCAGUUGAAUUUUCCAUUGAACAACAAUAACAACAACAACAAUCAGCUGUUGCCUGUUACGAUCAUCACGUCCCUCACCACAUCUAACACUGCCAUAUCAUCACACAGCUCUAGUCUUUCAUCAUCGCUGUCAACGACGAGUAUAUCAUCAUCGUCGUCCGUCCCUGCAAGUACAGUGCUCACAACUAUUAAUAACCUGGCUGGCAGGAACUUCACGGCAGCCAAUCUGUACAAAUUGGCUACCUCUCAGAACACUGUGCUGCAGACAUCAAUCAAACAAAAUCAUGAAGAUGCCAAAUCUUUGAACAACCUCAAUAAUAUUGAAAAAGUCAUACAAAUGGAUGUUACUUGAGACGAGGUCUACUCCACUAUGACUCACAUAGUAUGAAGUGAACUUGCAUGUCAAAUGUGAUGGAUUAUGUCCAUACAUUGUAUAGGAAGCGCCCACAGCUUGGGGAGAGUAAACACGCACCAAUGUAAAAGCUUGGAUUGUUUAGAGCAUCGUGGUUCUUACUGGUACAGUCUUGACGAGAGUAGAAUUUUGUAGAAAUAGAACCUUCGGCAGUAUUACAAUGUGUCAAUGUACAUGGUCAUUUGCAGGGAAAUUCUUGAGGGUUUAAUCCUUGAUGAUAAUUUGAUAUUUAUGUUAGAGCACAUUAGAAAUAGAAGGGCUAUGGCUUAUUCUUUUGUAGAUAUGAAGUUUAUAACUUGUUACACUAAGUCUUUAUACCGUUCUUGUUUAAACUUCAGGGUUAUAAGUUAUUUUUGACUAUUGUUUUAACGUAUCUGUAAUUUAGGCGCUAAAGCUGUUCAGAGUAAAACUUGUCAUUUACAACAUCUAAAUUGUUACGAAGGAUAAUACAAGUUAAAUAGUGAAUAGCAUUUUAAUAAUGAGGUACCAUGAAAGUUUACCAUUUGGUGUUUUACUUUUAUACAUGUACAAACAAGUCAAAUUGUAAGAUCUCGUGUUCAGAAAUUUUAAGAGGAUAUUCACUUCUUAAGAAAGAUGUAAUCGUAAUGAUUAUUUUGGAUACCAGCAAAAGGUACUGUAUGGUGUCAAAAUGAUUUCUGGGAUUAUUGAAAGUUGAAUCAUAUUUAGUCUGUUAACAACAAAUAUGUUUGCAUACAGUUAAACAUGAACCAGAAAGAAGACUCUUAAUGGCAAAUGGUUGUGCCACCACCGUGUUUUAUUUUGAAAAUCAUGUUUCUAUAAUUUAAUAACUUAAUGUUUUUCAUUUUCUUCUUCUAUUACUAAUAUGUUCUAUUACCUUUGUUCCUCAUUUUAGAGGGAAGUUACUAAUGAAAAAAAAAAAUGAUAACAUUCAACAAGGUUUAACAGUUAACUUGCAUACUUUGAAGAUGCAGUUAGUAGAAACUUGCAAAAAUUUGUGAGUAAUUAUAGUGUUGAUUUUUGUGCUAAAGUAAUUAAGUACAAUUUAAGUUUUCAUUAUGCGAAUGACAUUCAUCUUAAUUAGCUUAAAUUAGCAAGAUUCUAGUUGUGUGUUAAAUCUUUGUACAAGACAAAAGGUUACACAGUUUAAAUUGCCUUCCUGAUUUAUUAUGUUGAUGCUUGACAAAGAACCAUGUAAAGAUAGUGGCAGAUUUUGACUACCAUAACUAUACUGAGGUUUUUAGCUUUGCCGUGUCUCGAAUUAACAGAAAGGGUGAAACCAAAUAUUAUAUUUGAAGAAAAUGCUGAAACUUUAUCAUUAGUUUUCCAGAUCUUAACAAGUUUCUUCAGAGAGGUAGCACUGAUUAAUAAAUAUAGAUCAUUUCAUUUUUUGAUAGCUGCUAAUUAUUUCACAUGGUUGUUUUCAUAUUUUUUUACCAUUCAUCAGCUUGUUCUAAACCAAAGUCUUUCAAAUAACAUAUUUUGUAUAUGAGCUUGUGAAGUUUUCUGUAUGAACUUCUGUCAUGUAAUAUCAUUAUUUGUAUGUUUGUGUAGAAUUAUUUGUACAUUGCCACACACAGGGUAGCUUUAACCAGCUUUCAUUGAUACCAUAAAACUUACGGGACCAUAUCACUGAUGGCCAUUUUAUAUUUCUGGAGUGAUUGCCUACACUGCAUUUUUAUGAUGCUUGAUAGUAAAAAAUUUAACUCUGAUCCAUAAGAGAAUACAGAAAAGUCUUUGUAUGAUUUUGAGAGAAUGAUUUCAUUUUGAAUUUCACAUUGUUGCCUUUUCUAUUUUUCUUUCCAUUUGUUUUGCAAAGAUAACUACCUCAAGAGCGAAGAGAAGAGAUUUCCAAUCUUAUAGCAUAAUAGAUAUAUGAAACAUAUGCACGAUUCUUGCUUAAUGUGAAAAAUCAAGAAAGAUCACUUAUAACCAUUGUUUAUUCUUACCCGAGGAAAUGAAAUUGAUCAUAGUAAUUAUCGUUUCCAAAUGACUUCUUCAUUUUUCAAACUAUGUAUGUUAUACUGAAGUUGU